AUGCCUCCUUCGGAUGCAAUCCCGGGGAACAUCCGUGUCUUCGUGCAUUGGGACGACAAUACCGUGUUCUCGGGCGAGGAAAUAAAGUGCCGAAUCACCUUCAAAAACGUUGCCCAACCAAAUAACCACGAGCGCUCUAGACAGCCGUCCCCCCUCCUAGGCACCCCGAGGAAGCCCACCUUCAGCAGCAGCAGCAACAGCAAUGGUCUGACGCCGCCCGUGUCCGGAAGAGGAGCGGGAGCAGGAGGAAGGGGUCACCGUACGACGCUGAGCUUGAACGUCCCCAGCGGCCAUUCGAGGAGCAAAAGCGGAAGCACGCCGACCUGGGUGCCGCAACCACCACCACCGACAACGGCAAGACCGGGACAUGCGCACAAGCGCUCGAUUUCCAUUGUCUCUAUCGGCUCGACCACUUCAACCGCUACAGCGGAGGACCCGUCACAUAGUAAUGGCUCACGCAUGCUGCCGCCUCAACGGCCAGGCAGGGGCCACGGACGAUCGUCGAGUUUGCAAAUAUCACCAAAGGCGAGCGUCCUCUUGAACGGGCCACAAUCUGCAGCAUUGCCGCAAAAGCCAUACGGAGCCGGCGGCUCUCAAGCGUCUCCAGUCUUCAACAACCACUCCUUCCCGCCCUCUCGAUACAGCCAGGGGCGCCUGUCCGGCGUUAACACCAUGCCGAAUACCCCCGGAGCUGCACAUGGGCCAAGGAAAAGCCCACUGCAGAUGCCCGAUUGGAAGUUCCCAGCGGUGCGCUCGCCCCUCUCCGAGUAUGGGGAUAGGUCGCCCGGAGGCCAGGACGAAGACUACCUAGGCACGCCGGCCUCGGCUACGGGCGGCCAUAUCAACCAGCCGGUUCGUUCCAGAGAUCCGAUUCCUGCCGUCGUAGAACAUGCGGCCCCUGCCCCGGCCCCGGUGGCGCGAAUACUAUCUACCAGUAGCGUAGCCGAAGGGACGCCAAGGAGCAGUGGUGACUUCUACUCCUUGAGCAACAAUUCGAGCGAGACAUUGGCCUCGGAAUAUUUGACACAACCACCACGGAAUGGUGCAAGGCCGCCACAUUUAAGGAAGAGCUCUGGCUUGUCAUUGUUGGGACAGCAGGCAAAGUUGCCGGAAGCUCUGAUGAUGGGUUAUGCACAAGUCCAAGGGUCAUUCACGUUGGACGGAUCACUUAUUAAUCUAGGGCCCUUCGAGGCGGUCAAGAGAAAGGCCGUUGUUGGCGGACAGGGUGGAGGAGUCAUUGGCCUUGAGCCGUCGAAACGCGACAGCGGACUGCUCAAAAACUUCGGUUGGGGCUCCUGGGGCAACUCAAUCGGCGAGCUGCUAGGCGCCAACGAGCUGAGCAGCAUCAAGGAGAUGCGUGGCACUGCAAGCACCAAAUCGAUACCUCUGCUUUCGACGCCACAGUCAAUUCUCUUUGUGGAUUUACAACUUGCUCCCGGGGAGAGUAAGUCUUACGAAUAUUCGUUUAAACUGCCAAAGGGCCUACCUCCGACACACAAGGGCAAAGCUAUGAAGAUCAUAUACAGCCUUGUCAUUGGCACACAAAGGCCUGGGGGCACCAGGGAACAGCAGGUCAAAUCGGUGGAGAUCCCAUUUCGCGUGUUGGGAAGCGUGAACAGCCACGGCGAGAUUCUGGGCCAUGAUCUCAUGUCACCCUACAUCAUUCUUCGAGACCUGGCAAAAGUGCAACAGCUGGACAAAAACGCGACAAACUUGGAAAGGAAGAAGCCCAAGCCCGCACAGCCGCCGGGUUCAACGCUGCAGGGAUUUCUAGGAUAUGUGGACGAACUUCUUGAUCGGCCAAGGAAUGGCGCCGGCCUUCUUUCUCCUACAGCUCACGGGCCAUCGUCUCGACGGCCUUCAGCAUUUGAGGAAGCAGCCACAGCGCGCGAUGCAAUAGACCUUGCUAUCCUGCGGUCGAACCUCUCCUCGUAUGACACCGGCCAGAGUACGAACCGCUUCGAGAUUGCUCGCAAUGGACAGCGUGUCGGUGUCGUCAUGCUCGCCCGGCCUGCUUACAGACUUGGCGAGCAGGUCAGCAUGGCUAUCGACUUCACCAAUGCUGACGUGCCAUGCUAUGCCGUCCAUGCAUCUCUCGAGACAGCCGAGCGCGUUGAGCCGGCCUUUGCGCUGCGCAGCGAGGCUAGCGUGCACAGGGUGACGCGCAAGAUAUAUGGGAGCUCUAGCGAGGCCACACUCUUUUCGCGCAGGGUGGUCUUCAGCCCUACGAUCCCGAUCAAUGCCACGCCGGAGUUCAUGACGAGUGGCCUAAGCCUCGAGUGGAAGGUCAGGGUUGAGUUCGUGGUGCCGUCGUCUGGCGUCGAGUCCGAAGAGGCGGAAAGGCGCCAAGACGGCCCGCACCCGCUGCUGGAAGAGAUCUCGCGGGACGACAGGGGAGGCUUGGUCAUGGUCGCCGCGGAGAAUCUGGAGUGCGAAAGCUUCGAGGUCGCAGUGCCGCUGAGGGUGUACGGCGCUGUCUGCAACGGGCUUGAGAGGCUCGAGCGAGACGAGGCCGAGACAGGCCUGGCUGUAUAA